GUGAAUGUCGGUUGUUUUGACGUAGGCUAAGUCCUUUAAAUUGACUGCGCAUAUAUGUCGUCUGUAGUACAGUGUGUGAUUGCUCUUUCAACGCGCACGCGCGCACACACAUACUUUUUUGCAAAAUACUAUAGUAAAAUUACAAACUGCAGCAGGAUUUCACCACCACUUUUCUGUCCGAGCAUUACAUUUAGCAUUCCGUUAAUGUAUACGGUGUGCACACUCGCAUAUUUGCGGUCAAACGUUCUUUACACGAAGCGUCUGUACUUACCGUGGUCUGUACAUGUAUUGUUCCUCCACACAGGAAAAGUUAAAGGCUUUUUUUUUUUAUAAACUAUAGUAAACUGCUUUGCCCACAGUUAGCUGCCUACCAAACUCAGCGAGUCCAGACCAAUGCCAGGAAGGAAGGGGCGGUUACGAGGAAGAGAUGAGUGAAACGCGAUAAGGAAGCUCUGUAAUGCCUGAGGGACCAGCUGUGUGGAUCCAGUGCCACCUUUGAUAUGAUGCUGAGAGCAGGAGGGGCAGCCACCUCUCUCGGACUGCUGCUGCUGUUGCUGCCGCUGCUGUGCUGCUGCCACAUGUGCCACUCACUGCGGAUUCCAAAACUCUCCUCCUUUGCAAAAGCAGAGGACAAGCUGUUCAAAUACCUCUUUGUAAACUACCAGAAAUGGGUCCGUCCAGUGGAAUACCUUAACCAGACGAUCUGUGUGAAGUUUGGACUGGCCAUCUCCCAGUUAGUUGAUGUGGAUGAGAAAAACCAGCGAAUGACAACUAAUGUGUGGAUGAAACAGGAGUGGCUUGACAGGAAACUCAGAUGGAACCCUGAUGAAUAUCUGGGCAUCACAACUAUCCGAGUCCCAUCUAACAGGAUCUGGCUCCCAGACGUGGUACUGUAUGAUAAUUCAGAUGGGCGUUUUGAGGGUACUGUCACCAAGGCAGUUGUUAAGUAUGAUGGAACCAUAUCAUGGACACCACCAGCCAAUUACAAGUCAGCUUGCACCAUUGAUGUCACCUUCUUCCCUUUUGAUCUCCAGAACUGCUCAAUGAAGUUUGGCUCCUGGACAUAUGAUGGCUCUCAGGUGGACAUAAUUCUGGAGGACUUCCAUGUGGACAAGCAGGACUAUUUUGACAACGGUGAAUGGGAGAUAGUGAAGGCCACAGGCAGCCGUGGUCUAAGGACAGACGGCAGCUCUUCCUAUCCCACCAUCACCUACUUCUUCAUCAUUCGCCGGUUGCCUCUUUUCUACACCCUCUUCCUCAUCAUCCCCUGCAUUGGCCUGUCCUUCCUCACCAUCCUUGUCUUCUAUCUGCCCUCCAACGGCGGCGAGAAGAUCUCCCUCUGCACCUCAGUUCUGGUGUCGCUCACUGUUUUCCUCCUGGUCAUUGAGGAGAUCAUUCCUUCGUCUUCGAAGGCCAUCCCUCUCAUCGGGGAGUACCUGGUAUUCACUAUGAUCUUCGUCACGCUCUCCAUCAUCAUCACCGUCUUCGCCAUCAACAUCCACCAUCGCUCCUCUUCUACCCAUCACGGCAUGGCACCCUGGGUGAGGAGGAUCUUCCUGCAUCGACUGCCUAAGCUGCUGUGCAUGCGCAGCCACGUGGACCGUUACGACCCAGCUGGAGUAGCCGGAGCAGGAGGAGCAGUAGGACAGGGUGUGACGGAGGACUCAGCACCUGAACUGACACCUCUGCUCUACACCAGGCAUAACCUACAAGCAGCGUUGGAUUCUAUUCGCUACAUAAACAUGCAUGUGGUUAAAGAAAAUGAGGUCAGAGAGGUGGUUCAAGAUUGGAAAUUUGUAGCCCAGGUCUUGGAUCGAGUGUUUCUUUGGGCCUUCCUCCUGGUGUCAAUCCUGGGCACUGCGCUCCUCUUCAUCCCAGUCAUUUACAAAUGGGCCAACAUCAUUGUCCCUAACCAUGCUGGAAGUACCCUCUAAGAGCCACAGUUCAACCUACAACAAAUGGAGGCAAAGCACAUUAACAGCUCGUUAUGGGUCCCAUUGUGAGAUUUGAAAGACUGAGAUAGUGUGAUUGCCACUCAGAUACGGCCCUGCUCUGCUUAGCCACAGUCAUUCUGUAAGCCACAGCUGUGCCAGAGAUCCAGCUGCAGAUCUGGGGACUCGAUUGCUGAGUGUAUCUCACAGACACAUGUUUUUUGUUUUGUUUUAGAGAUAUUUUGAAUUCUGUACUUCUAAGUAAAGUAAAGAUAAAUGAAAAGACUCAAUUGAUGUAUUACGAAGAAGAAAAAUCUACCAUUGUCCACAUCUCACACAUCAAUAAAUUUCAAUACAUUUCA